AUGAACGAGGACGACGUCGGUGGCCUCGGAGCCGCGGCGCUGUUCGCCCUUGGCUACCUCGGCAUGCAUUUCCUGUUUCCCGGGGCGUCCCCUGCAGCGAUGGUGCUCAGUAUGCUGAAGUCGCCCGGUGCUGCAGCGGCGGCGGUCAGGAUGAUGAUGAAGGCGCCCGGUGCUGGCGGGCUGCUUAUCUGCCGCGCGGCGUUUCAGGCGAACCCCCAGCUAUACUUUAGCAUCCUCCGCAGGGCCGGCCCGGCAGCCGCCGCCGCCGCGUACGCUGCCUGUUCCUAG